AUGUCUGCGAUAGAACCUGCCGAGCACGUCGCUGCGACCCACGUGGAACACUCGCACAAGCGGCAAUGGAAACCAUACACGGUGUUUGCGAUGCUCAGUGCGGGACUGGGUAGCAUCGCUUUCGGAUAUGCGUCUGGAGUCAUUGGGCCCACGCUCGCACAACCGUCCUUCAUUGAAUACUUCGAGAUGGCCACCAGAUCCGAUGCUACCAGUCUCGCCUCUUGCAUGAAUGGACUAUUCUUCGCCGGAGCAGCCAUCUUCAUUCUGACGGUGUAUUUCUUUGCGGACAGAUGGGGCAGGAAGGCGGCCAUCGGAGUCGCGGCUAUAAUCAUCGCUUUUGCAGGCGCCAUGCUUGCUGGUUCAACGAACGUGGGAGAAUUCAUCUUCUUCCGCUUCGUGUCCGGAGCCGGAACGUACAUGAUGAUGUCGGCGGUCACACUCUGGAUGACAGAAGUAGCUCCCCCGGCUGUCCGCGGAGUAUUCGUUUCUCUCAACGGCGCCUGUCUACUGUUCGGCUACCACUCGUCUUGCUGGGUGGGCUAUGGCUUCUUGUAUCUGGAUAGCCCAGCCGCGUGGAGGGGCCCUUUUGCGAUCCAAUGCCUGCCGGCUCUCCUUCUUCUCGCCGGUCUCUACUGGUUGCCAGAGUCGCCACGCUGGCUCAUCAUGAAGGGCCGCCUCGACGAGGCCCGGGACAAUCUGCUGAAACUUCACACGCCGGAAGAAGCAAAGAUCGAAUUCGCGCAGAUCCAGACGCAGACCGAAAUCGACAAGACCCUUCCGAAUUCCUACUGGGCCAUGUUUGCCAGGCGCAGCUACCGCAAACGCACGCUGAUCGGUAUGGGAACAUUCGCCGCCAUUCAAACUUCGGGCGUCUUGGUCAUCAAUAACUAUGGACCCAUGAUUUACGGCAGCCUCGGAUACGACGUGAACACGCAAAUCAUGUACGCCGCGGCGUGGCUCACUCUCGGAUGGGGCGGCGGAUGCCUCGCUUUGUUAGUCGUCGACCGGAUUCCUCGUCCCAAGUUCAUCGGUUACGGUCUUCUGGGUUGUCAAGCAUGCCUCAUCAUCGAAGCGGCCUUGGUCGCCAACUUCGUCGGAACUACCAACACAGCGGCUCUAAAGGCCGCGGUUGCCAUGUUGUUCCUCUUCGUUUUCAUCUACGAGUUCGCCAUGGACAGUGCGCAAUUCGUCUACUUGGGCGAGCUGUUCCCUACCCACCUGAGGGCAAAAGGAGUGUCGCUGGGAUGCGGCACCCUUGCGUUGAUGAACGUCAUGUGGCUGCAAGUUGCCCCGACGGCUUUCAAGACCAUCGGCUGGAAGUUCUACCUUUGCUUCAUCAUUCCGGGUUGCCUAUGUGCCGUCGGGAUCCUGUUGUACUUCCCCGACACCUUAGGCCUUCCACUGGAAGAAAUUGCGGCGAUUUUCGGCGACAAAGAUGAAAUCUUUGUUGGUGUGGCGAACAGCGAGGGUGACGAAGAAGAAGCGGAAAAGGUCGUUGCCUCUGACAUCAAGCAUGCUUAG